AUGUCACAUGAGGAGGCUGAGCAAUAUACGCCUAGCCCGGAUGGCCAGCACCGCGUCCUUAUUUUCAGCCUCAACGACACGGGAACGUCGAAGCCAUCCAUCCGACUACUGGAUGUCCUACCGCGAGAUGGACGGAGUGAGAUCCGAUGCGCUAUUAAGCACAUUCUUCUUCCCGCUUCCUAUAAAGAACUUCGAUACACAGUCUUAUCAUAUGCUCAGGGCGACGAGAAAGAACCUCGAUACGCAAUCUCCAUCAAUAAUCAACCGUAUGAGGUCUUAAAAAAUCUAUAUACCUUCCUCGAUCUUCAUAGUUUAAACGGCAUCUCGAAUCUCUUCAUCGACGCGCUGUAUAUUGCGCAGAAUAAUAUCGACGAGAAGAACUACUAA